AUGGCGGGAGUGGGUGGUGUUGUAGGAGGAGUGAUACUGGACGAGUCUGUACUUUUGGCCUCACAACAACUCCAGCAUCCCGAUUCUUCUUCUUCUUCUUCUUCUCAUAGCAGCAGCAAUUGUGCCUCCUUCCAACCAGACGCCCACUUUUUGCUCCGUAAGCUCCGCCACUCCAACAUCCCUACGGGCAUUUCUUAUGGGCCAGGUCUUGAAGCUCAUAAGGUUAGUAUUCUUAAAGAGGUGGCGACGCAGUAUUCAAUCCAUUGCUUCAUCUUGGAUGCGUCCUCUAUAGAUGGUGCUACGCGAGAGGUCAAGCUAGCUUGGAGUAACAUUGGAGGCUGUAUUUUGUAUCUGGUUUCUAACAAGAAGAGAGACAUCUAUCCUAAACUAAGCAAAUGCGGUUGGCUGAUCACCAUUCUAAAUGUUGAAGGUAGCAGUGCAUGUGAGAAUUCAAGCAUGGUUUAUAUCAACAAACUACAGGAGUUGCCUUUGACUAUUUGCCACAUAAAUAGAAAGGCAAUUGGGAACAGUGUUGUGACUGUUGGUUAUAUUAUGAAGCCUUCUCGUGAAGAAGAUUUUGCUAAGAGGGGUGCAUUCCCUAUGUAUCCUACUCAAGAUGGGCUGAUGUUUGUUCCCCUCACAUUUGAGCUCCCUCUAUCACCUCAGUUACAAGAAGUUGAUGUAGUACUCCACAAAGCAACUGAUGAAAUUAUAUCCAUUGAUUUGAAUAGUUCUUUACAGUCCUCUAACACCAUAACUUACAGCAGGGGGAUGCAGGAAUUGCAAAGAUAUAUGGAACAUCACUUGGACCUCUGUGUGAUUGACCCACUUAACUAUAUUUAUCCUGUACUGGAUCGAUUGAAAAUUCAACAGAUUCUACUUGGGUUGGAGGAUCUCAAAACCAGAGGUUGCCAUGCAAUUAGGGGGGCCAAUUUUCUCAAGGUUGAUGAUUUUAACCAGGCUGGUUUGAUUCAAAGCCUAUCUGAAGCUAAAUUAGCUCUUCCAAGUAUAGUAAAACCUCAAGUUGCUUGUGGUGUAGCCGAUUCUCACAGUAUGGCAAUUGUUUUUAGAGUUGAAGAUUUCAAGGAUUUGACUGUUCCUCUUCCAGCAAUUAUACAGGAAUAUGUGGAUCAUUCAUCAACACUCUACAAAUUUUACGUCUUGGGUGAAAAAGUUUAUCAUGCAGUUAAGAACUCUACUCCGAAUGCAGAUACCUUGAUGAAAUUAUCUGGAAGUAAUGAGCUCAAACCCUUGGUCUUUGACAGCUUAAAAUCUCUACCGACUACCAAGGGAAACCCAAAUUCUGGAGAUGGUAAUAGCUCAAAGGCCACUGAUCACUGCAUUGAUCUCGAGCUGGUUACUAGUGCAGCUCAUUGGCUUAUGAGAAAGCUUGAACUGACCAUCUUUGGCUUUGAUGUUGUUAUUCAGGAAGGCACUGGUGACCAUGUCAUUGUUGAUGUAAACUACCUUCCCUCAUUCAAGGAAGUUCCCAAUGAAGUUGCCAUCCCUGCGUUUUGGGAUGCUAUUAAGAAGAAAUUUGAAUUGAAAAGGACGACAUGA